AGCUCGUUAAGCAAACGCUUAUUUUAUGCCGUCCAAAACCUUUGAACCAUUUGAAUUUAUUGCUCAUCAUUUGUAUAUAAAAUCCUACUAUUACCAAGGAGACAUUUGACUGACUACUUCUAUUCAGCAAGGUUCAAAGUUUGAGGUUUGAUGACAUUCGCUUCCAAUAACUACGGCAAAUAUUUUAAAUAUUUUCGUCACAAGGGGGCAUGGGGAAGAAAAUAAAAACAGGGAAAGCGAGGAAGGAUAAGUUUUAUUUUCUUGCAAAGGAAACUGGAUUCCGAUCUAGAGCAGCGUUUAAGUUGAUCCAGUUAAAUCGUCGCUUCAAGUUUCUAAAUUCCUCCAAAGUUCUAAUAGAUUUAUGUGCUGCUCCUGGAGGCUGGUUGCAAGUUGCAGCCAAGGAAAUGCCAAUGACCAGCCACAUUUUAGGAGUAGACUUGGUGCCUAUUCACCCUAUUCCAAAAGUCAAGACAUUUGUUGCCGAUAUAACGACUGAUAAAUGCAAGCAGAUUCUGCGAAACGAGUUAAACGAUUUAAAGGCUGAUGUCGUCUUACACGAUGGUGCUCCGAAUGUGGGGGCUGCCUGGUCAAUCGAUGAAUAUGGCCAAGCUGUACUUUCGCUCAAUUCAUUUGCGAUUGCAACUGAGUUCUUACGCAGAGGUGGCUGGUUUGUCACCAAGGUUUUUAGGAGUCGAGAUUAUGAACCGCUUAAGUGGGUUCUAUCUCAGUUUUUCCGUACUGUACGUGCUAUUAAACCUGAAGCCUCUCGACUCGAAUCUGCAGAAAUCUUUCUUGUUGGACAGAAUUAUAUCGCUCCUGCACGUAUCGAUCCCAAGUUCUUGGAUGCACGACAUGUGUUUGGGGAGGUUGAUGCACCAAAAGAUCGCGCUGCGUUGGUUUCCACAUUUUUGAAGGAAAGCCGCAAAAAGAAGGCUGAAGGUUAUGAUGAAGGAGACACAUUGUAUCAUGAGCUCCCACUUUCUAAAUUUUUGGAGUCAAGUGAUCCUCUGGAGGCUCUUGCGAAAACUAACAAGGUUAUUUUUGAUGUUCCGGAAAUUGCAUGCCACCCAUUAACUACUGCUUUGAUCAAGGAAGACUUUAAUGAUAUUCAAGUCCUUGGGAAGAGCGAUAUUAAAAAUCUUCUCAAAUGGAGGAUGAAAAUUCUCAGUAUCUUUAAAGCUGAAUCAAAAGAGUCCAAAGACAGUAUUGAAGAAUCUACUCUUCCUAAAAGGGGUACUGAUGAAGAUGAAGAGGAUUUGGAAGUCGAGACACAAGUUCAAAGGUUGUUGGACGAGGAAGAAAAACUAAAGAAAAAAAAAAUGAAAAAGGUUAGGAAAGAGAAACGAAAACUUGCAGAACGCUAUGUACUAAAAAUGUCGCACGAAUCUGACUAUAUUGAACAAAAUGAUGACGAGUUGUUUUCCUUAGCUGCUGUAAAGGAUUUAGUUGGUUUAGAAGAGUCUAACAAAUUGUCAGGGGACACCAGUAACACUGGUGUAGAUGAUUUAGCACGUGAACAAAUCGAUGCUGCUUUGAAAGCCAAACGUAAACGUUUAGCUGAUGAAUGGUGUUCAGCAGUAGAAGGGAAAAAACGUGUUCACUUUGAGAGGCGUUCUGGCAAUCAAUCUGAUGAACAUUUGUCUGACAGUGAACUGUUUGGUGAAAUUUAUGCCCAUAACCAACGUGAUGAUUUGUAUCUGAGUUCUGACGAAAGCAGUGAAGGUGAGUCGGGUAAAGAAAAUGGUGAAAAUCGAAAAUCAACCUUAAGUUCAGAAGAAGAAUCUUCAGAAAUCGAUGAGGAUUCAAAUAGUAUCAGUUUAUCGAAUUCACCUUUAAAAUCCUAUUCGAAUGACAGGAGGGUUAAAUCCAAACGAAAAAUGAUCCUACCACCUGGAUUAGCAUUAUCUACUUCUGAACAAGGUAGAAGGAACCCUUUGCUCGUAGAUUUGGACGAUUCUGAAGAAAUUGUCAAGAAAAAAAGCAAAAUAGAUUCAUGGUUUGGUUCGGAUGAAAUUCAAGAAAUACUUGCUCCAUUGGAAGAAGAAGAGAAUAUUUCGACGGUCAUUUCAACUAAAAAGUCUAAGUCUGAGUAUUCAUCAUAUACUGUGAUAAAGAAAAAGAAACGCGAAAAGAAAACGGUUAAUGAUGAAACUAUCGGUUCACAAGAUAAAUGUGUGUCACCAUCUUCAGAAAUUUCGAUACCUAAAGUUUCAUCUGAAAAACUUGAGAAACCAUUACGCCGUAUACGACGUCUCAAUCGUCCAUUAACUGCAGAAGAGCGUGCCAUAGCCACUCGUCUUAUUCAGUCUGCAAAAUCUAGACGCGAACUACUUGAAUCAGGAUAUAAUCGUUAUCAAUUCUUUGAAAAGUCCUCUGAUUUGCCCGAUUGGUUUAUUGAAGAUGAAAAGAAACAUAUGAGAAAACCCAUAAUGGUUAAAAAAGAGGAAAUCCCGGUCGAUGUACCUACGAUGGGACGUUCCCUUUCAAAAGCGGAACAAGCCAAAGCACGUAAAAAAGCUCGUCUAGCCAAACGUUUAAAACGAAUUCGUCAGAAGGCAGAAGGUAUAUCUGAUGAAAUACCAGAAACUGAAAAGUGGCAACAAAUAAAACAACUUUAUAAGAAAGCUGGCCUGUUGAAAAAGAAGCGUCGCCCUCUUCAUGUAAUUGUAAAUACAAAAGCUGGUUCGCGUAGCGGGGGAACUAAACCUCAAAAAGGGGCUAAAGUCAAAAUUGUAGAUAAAAGAAUGAAAGCAGAUUUACGUGGACAGCAAAAAGCUAAGGAUGGAAAAAAGCAUGGAAAGCGUAAGAAUAAAGUUGGGCGUCCUGGAAGGCCAAAAAGUCGAGGAUUCGGGAAGAGACGUUAACCGUUCUGUUCCGUUUAUUGAGAUCUGUAUAUAGAAAUCAUUUGAUUAUAUUGAUUUUUGUAAAAUAUGCUUAUUCUUCUUUCUCAUCUACUUGCUGAGUACAAUAUACAGUCAUUUAGUAUGCAGAUAACUUUCUUAACUAUUACAAUAUUUUCCAUGUAGGUAACUAAUUCAAAAAUGAAGAAUAUUUGAGCAAACGAUUGUUCUCAAUAAUUUCAUCAUCAGGCUUUACAGUUAUAUGUCCAUAAUUAUGAUAUUUUGCAAAAACCAAAAUAAGACAUGUAUUUAUGAAUUUGACAAUGUUAUAUGUUAAAAAUGGUGAACGUUUGCAUCUGUUACGACAUAUAUACUUCGAAAUUGUGUUAUUUGUAUAUUAGCAAGGUCAUUUAAUAAAGGUCAGAAUGAGUUGAAGUGUCAAGUCAUAAUAAUAAUAUUCAGUUUAGGUAUCCGGUGAUCCAGUAGUAGGCCACGGUAAACAUAAAGACUGUUUGUAUCUUUUCUGGUUACAUAAGUUCGGUUCUAUGGAGUUGAUCCAGAUGGCUUCAGCUAUGUAGAGUAGCCGUAAUCUGGCUGCUUGAUGUAGAUCCUUCGGAAUUUGAUAUGAAACCGAAAAAGCUCCCUCUAUUUUGAUGUGAUGUUCACUAUCUACCAAAUGAGAAAGAAUAGUACUGUUGAUCUAUUUAGUAACUCAUUUUCCUAACCGUUCUGGCACAUGUUCAUGAACACGCAAGGAUAAAGCCUUCUGAGUACGGCCAAUGUAACUAGCUCCAUAGGAGCAGUCGAAUUGGUAUACACACAUGGAGGAGCCCAUCAUCGUUAACCUGUCCUUGAUUUAUUGUGUAAGUACUGGUUUAGUUGAGAAAGUUAUAUUUAACCAUUUUUAACAUAUUGUCAAAUUCAUUAAUACAUACUUUAUUUUGGCCUUUGUAAAAUAUCAUGAUAAUUGUAAACUUGUAACUAAUUCAGUCCAAAAUUGUUAGUGUAAAGUACGCACGACGAGACUCCUGCUUAUAUGAGGGUUUAAUAUACAGGGAUUUGUUUCUUAGGUGUUCAAUCACCCACAAUCAAUUAGAUUACGAUUAUAAGACCGAAUCAACAGGAUUCUCUCAGCACAGUAUUUUUGUGAUAAAACGAGGGAAUUUUAAUUGCUUUGACAAAAAAUGUACGGAGUUCCGAGGGUGAUUAAUUCACGUUUAGUUGUUUUUUAAGCUCUAGAACAGCCUGGUCGCAUUUGAACAUGAUACAUUACCAUAAUUACGGGAUUGAUUAAUAGUAAUUUUCUCGAUAAAAUAUGUAAAUUUCUUAUCAAUGAUUGUAUAUAUUACCUAAAAUGAGUGCUUUGAAAAGCUUUUCAUAACUGAUUAUCUAACUCGGAAGUUUCAUGUUGAAUGCAAGAAAUGGGAAGUCAGACUUUCAUAUGAUUGUUGGAAUUGAUGAUAUGCUUCAACCAUUUUUAAUGGAACAUCUUUUCCAAUUGUAUUUCUUUAGUAGGUGUUAAGAGUAUGAUCCUAUUACCUUUAUAAUUUUCUUGUAAAUGGUAAAUUCAUGCCGAAACAUUUAUUGCAAAUCUUACCACAGUGACUACACUUCAUAGUCAAUCUCAUUAUUUUGUUUAUCUGCUUUGCAAGUAAGGAAAUUAUAUAUUUCUAACUUGAGUUACGGAUCUACUCGACACUAAUCGCCCUCGCCUCCCGCAGUUGAAUAGUUCAGUAGAAAUCUAUGGAGGAAACAUGUAUUUUAAAUAAAGUGUAGAUUAUGUUUAUGAUUUUUAUUGUUAAUUGUUUACCUUAAUUUCCACAUCGACGUGAAAGGGCUUGUCAAGCCUAUGGCUUAAAUGACUUAAUAUUUAUUCAAA